AACAACAGCGACACCAACAACAACAACAGUGGCACCAACAACAACAGCAGUGACACCAACAGCAACAACAGGGGCAAACACUUCAACAGCGGCACCACCAACAACAACAACAACAGUGGCACCAACAGCAACAACAGUAGCACCACCAAUGACAGAUACAACAUCAACAGUGGCACCAUCGACAACAGAGACAACAGCAACAACAGUGGCACCACCAAUGACAGAUACAACAUCAACAGUGGCACCAACAACAACAGAGACCACAACAUCAACAGUGGCACCAACAACAACAGAGACAACAACAUCAACAGGGGCACCACCAACAGCAGUUCCAAGUACUUCAGCAGCUCCUGGUUCUCCUGGUUCAAUGCCAGCUUGGCAGCUCGCCCUGGUGAUUGGCGGCUCCGUGCUCGGGGCACUGCUGCUCAUUCUUCUCAUGUUAGUCGCCUGCAAAGUAUCAAAGAAAAAGUCGAAGACAAACUGUACUGAGUUCGUCGGAAAGCCCUACGUCAACGACUCUGCUCCCAAAGCACCACUGGUUAAUGGCCACUCAGUCAACAGCCAGGCUUCAGUCUCGGAUAAGGGGUCAGUCAGUGGCUUGGCAGCUUUUAGCAAGGUUGAGGUUCUUAAGAUACCACGGGCAAAGUUCCACAAUCCUUGGAACAGCAGCAACAGCGUGGAGAUGACUGCCAGCAACAGUCGGCAAAACCCGUUUCCUGCAGGGAGGAACUCGUGGCUGAACAACAACUACGAUAGCAGUAACACAUCAACUCAAGCUCGAUCCCAGAACAACCCCAAUGAUCAGAGUGGGGGCUACAAUAACCCUUACUACACGUACGACAAUGAAAACUAACUCUUGUCUUUUGCCGACCACCUUCAAUUAAGUUUUGGACAUGAUUACCAUGUCGGCCCAUCUUGUUGCUGUCCACCAAUUUUGAAGUCAAUAGUUGUGUAUUUGCACCAAAAACUUUUAGCCUGCCAAAUGGGGGUUUUAAGGUGUGUUCAUAUAUUUUGGCGAAAAUGAUUUAAACAUAUUCAUUACAUUGAUAUGGUUUUGUAUAUGUUUAAUGGCUAAUUAAAUUGAUGAGUGGAAGUAUUUAAUUCAUAGAAAUGUUUAAAUGCAUACAUUAAAAUAUUUUCUGUAAUUUCUGUGUAAAUAUAUUUGACUUCCUCAUGGGAAAGACAUGAUUUUUGUUUUUAUAAAUAUGAAUAUUUAUCCAUCUGUAUUAACAAAGAACUGUAUCUGUGUCCACUUCCGUUGUUGUAAAAGUCUGCUUGUGUGUUGAUCUGUGCAAUCACUCGACAUUUACUCACCACGGCUGGUGAGUUAGAAACAGAUCAGUGUGACACUGUUAUUUUGUAAUUUUGGAUUUAUUUCUAUUCAUUACGUCAUAUUUUGAAGAAGAUCUAAUCCAGAGAACUGCAGAACUACUUGCUUCAUUUAGGGUCAGUGUUUAUGACUCCACCAUAAGAAAGAUACUAGGCCAGAAUGUCCUGCAUGGUCACUGCUGAGCAAAAAAUAAAUAAAUAAAUAAAAACACAAA